AGAGAAGGUCGGUCGAGGAUUUGUUUUCCCCCUUCCACCCUCUUCUCUUCUGUCGCUCCGGUCCGAAAACUUCUUCUGGGGAAGCGGCGGAAGAAGGAUUUUUUAAAAAAGAAGAAGGAAGAAAAGAGAAGGGGGGGAGGAGGAGGGAGGAACUAGCCAAACCCUUUCCCACCGGCAGCCGAGACCAGAUCCACCCGGAUCCCCUCCCUUGGCUCAGGGGGAACGAGAGCGCGGAGAGGCGACCGGGUUCCCUCCGCCUUCCCCGGCCAACGCGACCCAGAAGGCGCAGCAUUGCAACCCGCCACGCUUCUAGCAGCCAUGGGCCGAGCGAGGGAUCGUCCAGCCCGCCGUCUGCUCCACGUUCAGCUGGUCUGAGAGCGUCCAGGGACCCUUCUCCGCCCCUCCCUCCGGUUCCGAAGACUGAGCGAUCUCCUCGUUUGUGCGGGAGCCCCCGCGGAGAAUCCAGAUGGGGUGCUGCUAAUCCGGAGUGGUCCCGUCUGCAUCUGCUCAUCCUCUCGGACGCCUGGGUUCCGGCGGGUCCGCGGAGCAUCCCCGGUCCAAGGACGAAGGACGUCCCUUGGUCCCCACUAUUUUCCCCUCGGGCCCAAAGCUAUUGAUCUCCCGGCGGAUCCCUGCGGCGCUUGGGUUCUCUCGGGUUAUCGGGAUAUAUUAUUUCCACCGCUGAUCAAAAGGUUCCUUUGAACUGCUGUUCCGUCUUUGGCCGCCUGGGUUUUAACGAGUUAAUUAACACUCCCACUAUUGAUUUAAAGGGAUUUUUUCAAAAAAGAAAACACCGGCUUUCUCUAGACACCCGAAUGCUUGGAAUUCCCUGGAUAGGAGUUCUUCUUGGUCCACAAAUACUCAGCCUCCCACUGGCAUUAUUCCCUCGGACUCCUGGGUUCCAACCGAGCUGCUGCUAAGAUCUGUCUUCCACGCUGCUUUGCCUAGCGCUAGCGGUGCCGCCUCCACUACUAGCCUGGCUGCUGACCCAAUUGAGAACUUCACAAGGUGGUGUUAGGUACCAAAGUCAACCUCCUGCUCUGGUUUGCUGCUAUUGAUUCUGUACUGGCUCUUGAACUCCUGGGAUUGCUUGACAUCCGGAUUCCGGUUUUCCUCCCGUUCCUCCCCCCCCGCUAUCCCUGUGUGAAGAUGUCUUCGUCUCCUGCACUGCCAGAGUGGAAGCUCCAGUUACUGGAGCGUCGCCGCAAAGAGGAGGAAGAGGCCCGCCGGCGGGAACGGGAGCAGCAAGACCGCAUGGCAAAAAUGCCCACCUGGAAACGGGAGAUCAUCGAAAGACGCCGGGCCAAGCAAGGCUCUAAUGCUUCCUUCUCCGAGCCCAGCGGGCCGGGAGGAACAGAAAGUGGGGCGCCCCCCGCUCCUGCUACCCCACAGCCCUGCCAGGAGGGGGAUCCAGAGAGCUCUGUGCUGCAGGAGAAGAUUGGCCCGGUCCAUCAGAACCCCUUCAUUCAGCUGGAGAAGCGGCGCCAUAAGGAGUCCGCCCCGUCUGAGAGCGACCUUGCGAGCGCAAAAGCCAAGCAGAUUGUGGAUCUGUACGGGCAGAUUCCUGGUGUCCGCACGCUGCGUGCAGACAAUGUCAUUAUCAUUGAGUCGGUCCCGGGGGCGCCGCCGGCUCAGCUCGCCAGCGACCGGCGCUCUGGGGAGUCCAAAUCGGGCAGUGUGGAGUCCCUCAACGAGCUGCUGGCCCGUCGUGGCGGCAGCGUCACCGAGAUCCGCGCCGGGGAGGUCUUCAUCGUCAAGUCGGCCUUGAGCCGUAGUGUGGAGGACCUUGAUUCUGUUGGCAAGGCGGAGUACCGAUCGUCGUUGCCCCUUGAGCAGCGCCGGGGGCGGGUAAGCAAAUUGCUAAGCAGGUUCAGCCAGGAGGAUGGUGGCAGGCCGAUAUCACCAUGCCCAGUGAGAUCCCUCAGCACCGAGAACUUAACGGAGGGUACCUAUGUGGCCAGAAGGCCUGGCCGUGUACCAACAGAUCCCAGCCCAACCCGGCAGCACCAUGACAGAACACCCAGUCCUCCCCGUGACCUGCCAGGCCUCACCUCACCGGUGCCCUUCACUGUGGCAUCUUACCGCAGCCAAUUUGAAGCCAAAUCAAGCAGUGGCGAGGUCUGGCCGGACAGCCCUCCAAGACGCUCACCGACGGGCAGAAUGUGGGGCAGAGAGGCUGCCUCCCCUGAGAGAGGGCCCAGAUUGGACAGCAUUGAUCCUGAGGCCACGUUUGAGUUCCGUCCAGCGCUGCCACCAGCACCGGUUGCUGAGGAUGAUGUCCAGGGCAAGGCCUUGGCUAAUCUACGGCUGCACUCCCGGAACUCCUUUGUGGUUGUGCCGCGACGGGCCUCGGCCUCCCCGCUCCCACCCACAGAACUCAAGCAGGAAGCCAGCCCUUCUCCUUCUUCACCCAAGCCCCCAGCCCUCACUUCCUGCUCCUCACCCAGCUGUGAGCCGCUUCCCCCGGAGGCCGAGGAUCCACCCGAGGCUGAGGCCAUGAGACGCGGUGGAAACUGCAAUGCCAAGGAGGAUGUCAGGAUGGGGGGCUGGGUUCGUGCCUCGUCCCCCCACCCGGCCGUGCAGCGUCGCAGCGGCAACACCAUUACGAUCAACCCUCGCAAGGCCCCUGUGACACCUGUCACUGCAGUGGAGAACGGCAUUGAGAGUGACACUCCCACAGCCGUGGCACCGGUGAAGAAACGCUAUCCCACCGCUGAGGAGAUCCAGGUGAUUGGAGGCUACCUCUCGCUUCAAAGGUCCUGUCUUGCAAAGAACGACCCGCAUCGGAAAAAGCUGAAGAUUUCAUUCAGCGAGAACCAGCUGGAGAGGACCUUCCAGUACCCAUCGGAGGGUUCCCUGCUGGAGGAGUUCGGCCCCCCUGAGGAGUCAGAGACUUUGGUGUCUACCAACCCCCAUGGGGACGAGGAGGAGGAAGAGGAGGAGCUGCUGAUGCUUCAUCGUGGCCUCCCUGGCCUAUUGAGGACCAAACCCCUCAUCGUGGAUGAGUCUUGUCGGCGGUAACCCCACCCGUCCUUCUCCGUCACCAGGAAAGAUGGAGGAUAUUUAAGGAUUCAUGUCAACCUUCAAGUCCCUCAACUGGACUUUUAUGUCCUUUCGUCUUCCACUGACUCUUACACCAGGGAAAGAAGCUGGGACCAUGCCAGACUGGACCGUUUUGCCCAUUUUCCUAGGGCUCUGGGUGUUUCUCUCUUCACGAUGGGAGAAAGCGCUUGAAAGACACCUUCAUCGAUAUUGUUGUUCUAUCUCUAGCACUGAAAAAGGGACCUCAGAAACUCCCCCACCCGAAAUCUAAAUGGCAAGGAUCUGGGUCACGUGACAGGCUGCCCAAUCUAACCUGUACAAAGAGACUGCAUCCACAUGGUUUUGACUGAAAGGAAAUCUUUUUUUCUUUCUUAUCCUGAUGCUAAAACAACUUAGGAACAAAGAGGUUAAAACAGCCAGCAGGGCGGAGCAGCAAACCUCAUGCCCGUCUGCCGGCCUCCAGCGUUGCAGGCGAUCCCCAGCCAAGGGCUGAUUUCUCCUUGCUGUUUCCCAAACACAGCCCACACUGGGUGGAGGGAUGUUUCUAAUUCCCAGAUCAACCUUUUUGUAAAAUCCUUUAGGAUCCUUGUCAGAUCAACCUUUUUUGUAAAAUCCUUUAGGACCCUUGUCAUUUUAAAAUUUUCUAA